GGGGAAGCCAGUUAUAAAUGCCUAGCAGUCCUUGCAUACGUAUAUAUAACAUUCAAGUGUGGCUCAUUGAAGCAAACCCGUUAAUAACUCGUACAGAUCCCGGAAGAAUCUAGAAGUUCCAACAUUGGUAUCAGAUAUCAGAGCUUGCGUUUUCAGAUUCUGCAAAAAUAAGAAGCAGCAAACGAGUGAGUUAAUUAGCGUUCGGUGAAGCCCAAUUCAUUCUGUGCGGGUAUGUGCGUAUUCACAUUUCUGUCAAGGUCAAUGUCUCGUAAAGAGAUCGAGAGGAAACAAAAGUUCCGACACUAGUGCCCUCCGAUAUCACCUCAACGGAUUAGAGAAAUCCAUGGCUUCCAACCAUGACAUGAGAAGCAUCCAACAGGUCCUCAACGAAAUCCUUUCUGACAAGAUACACAUAGAGUCAUUAUCCUUCCACCACUUUCAGCCGUAUGAUGGUUGCUAUCAAGAAACAGAAACUUCCAUGAGCUUCAACAUCUCUGUGAACAACAUUUCCAAUUUCUCACACAUUCUAGCAGCAUUGGCUUCAGGACGUGAGUCUCAAGCUUCUUUUAGGAUGCUGGAGUUUCAUAGAGUUGAAUGGACCUUCCAAGAACAAAAGAUAUUAUGCAACUGGCUCAAGCUAAAUACAUGUAUCAAUCGUGUUGUGUUUCGGAAGAAUAAUUUUGGAGACAGAAGCCUAUCGGAAUUCUCAGAAAUGCUGAAAAGAAACAUUGGCAUAAAAGAAUUGGUAUUCUUAGAGAGUGGAAUUGGGAGUGUUGGUGUGAGCUUCCUAGCUUUGGGGCUGAGCGAGAACAAAACAGUGGAAGAGCUACAAAUAUGGGAUGAUUCAAUAGGCUCAAAAGGUGCAGAGGACAUCUCACAAAUGAUAGAAGCAAACUCAACGCUAAAGCUUCUGAUAAUUUUGGACUCUGAGACCAUCACUGCAGCACCAAUUAUCUCUGCAGUGCUAGGAAGAAACAGAAUGAUGGAACUUCAUGUCUGGAACAGUACAAGCAAAGAUAAAAAUCACAAGAUUGUCGAGCUGGUACCUGAAAUGAAUGCAUUACGAGCUUACAAAUUUGACAUAGCAGGAGCUUGCCGGAUAACGUGUGCUCUGGGUUGGAACUCUACGAUUAAAUCCCUAGAUAUGACUGGGAUUCAACUAAAAUCUCGUUGGGCAAAAGAGUUCCAAAGGGUCCUGGAACAAAAUAAAAGUUUGAAAUAUGUCAACUUGUCAAGAACCAAAUUGAAAGACAAGGCAGCCAUUUAUAUUGCAGCUGCACUCUUCAAAAACCAGUGUCUAGAAGGCUUAGAGCUUGAAGGCAAUCUAUUUGGUGGAGUAGGAAUAGAGCAUUUACUUUGUCCCAUGAGUAGAUUUUCAAUGUUCUACAACCAAGCAAAUAUGACACUCAAGUCAUUGACUUUUGGAAGUGGGAAAGCUAAAAUAAAUGUCAGUGGGAUGGUAGCAAUAACAAAGAUGAUUGCUACAAAUCAAAGUGUCACUCAACUGGCUAUUUGCAACAACAAAAACCUAAAGUGUGAAGAUUUCAUUAAAAUUUUUAAGUCAAUUGAGGCAAACUCGACUCUCAAGUAUUUGUCUUUUCGUGGCUGCCAGGGUAUUGAGGGAAAGAGGAUGCUAGAGGCUAUCAUGGACACAUUACAAGUGAAUCCAUGGAUUGAAGAUAUUGAUUUGACAGGGACGCCACUGGAAAAUGGCAGACACACAGAUGAAAUAUAUAAGAAACUUAGGAUGAAUGGACGAUUGAUUAUGGAAGUAGACCUACUUAAAGAUAUACCAUUAACGAAGCCUAAAUGCUGCAGAGUCUUUCUUUGUGGGCAAGGAUCCUCUGGCAAGAGCACACUAUGCGGUACCAUCUCACAGAUUUUUUCUUCAUCCAAGAUUCAAUACACGGAUCACAUGCGUAGUUUAAAAAGCUCAGUUGAGCAAGGAGUGAACACAGGUGGGAUAAGGAUCAAAACUUUGAAAGAUGAUGACCUAAAGAUUUCAAUGUGGGAUCUUGCUGGAGAAAACACAUUUCAUGUUUUUCAUGAACUUAUCUUUCCAGAACAGGGUAGUCCUACUUUCUUUCUAAUAGUUUCUAGCAUGUUCAAAAAGCCUACAAACCGAGAGCCAAAACAAAUGCAUGAGAUCGAGGAAGAUAUACAGUAUUGGCUCAGAUUCAUAAUCACCAAUUCAAAAAAAGCACAAUCGCAAUCUCUACUGCCAAAUGUCGCAGUAGUUCUCACUCAUUUCGACAAGCUCAUGCAACCAACAGAGUACUUGAAACAAAUUGCAAGUUGCACAAACAGAUUGAGGGAAAAAUUUCAAGGCUAUGUUGAACUGUACCCAACUCUAUUUGCUGUUGACGCAAGAUCAUCUAUGUCAGUAAGCAAAUUGGCAUGUCAUAUGAGAACAACAAGUGAAACCAUUCGAGAAAGGGUACCUAAAGUUUAUGGGAUCUGUGAAGAGGUGCAAAAGGUUUUGUGUGAGUGGAGGUCAGAGAACUCUAAUGAGCCAGCAAUGAAAUGGGAUGAAUUUUGCUAUAUGUGUCAAUCAAGAAUAGAAGCAUUAAGGAUCCGCUCAAGGCGAGAUAAUCUUGAGAAGAUGGAAGCAAGGAGACGAGCAAUUGUAAGUUCCUUGCAGUAUUUGGGUGAGCUCAUAUAUUUUGAUGAACUUGGAUUUCUUGUCCUGGACUGUGAAUGGUUUUGUCGAGAUGUAAUUGGACUACUGAUAAGAAUGGGAGGAAAGCAACAGAAUGUUGCACAAAGAAAAGGAUUCAUACCUAGAAAAGAAUUGGAGAAACUUCUAAGAAAGUGCUUAGAGAGUUGGAUACCAGGUGCAGGCCUGAAAACAAUAAAAAAUAUCAAAGUCAGUGACCUCAUCGAAAUGAUGGUAAAAUUAGAUCUUUGUUAUGAGCAAAAUCCUCAAGACCAACAUUCUGAGGUUCUAGUUCCAUUCCUGCUUGAAGAAAAACUAGGGAAAUUAAAUAAAUGGAUUUCACCAACACUUGAUGGCACCUAUGUUGGCCGGCAUUUUGAGCGUGAUGACUCUAACCACAUGUUUUUGACACCAGGAUUCUUUGCCCGACUACAGGUCAAUCUCCAUAACAAGAUUCUUGGACCAAGGCAGCAGCAUAGUGCAACAUACACACUCGAAAGGCACCUUAUAUUGAUAAACGUAAAUGGUGUUGACAUAAGAAUAGAGUAUGGAGGAGAAUAUGAUCAGUAUGUAGAUGUCUUAGCCUGCUCAAACAAGAAGAUCACUGAAGUUAUCAGACUAAUUCAGAACCUUGUAGUCCCUUCUAUUUUGGCUCUUUGCAGAGGUGUUACUUUAACAGAAAGCAUUCUACGGCCAAAAUGUGUCCAAGAACUCAUGCCACCUCGAGACAGGAAGCUCCAACAAGUUUUACUGCAACAGUUAAAAGGUGCCCUCCUUUCACUUCCUGCUAAUGAUAUGUAUGAGUACCAACACACUUGGCCUCCUGUAGCAGAAGGAAGCAUAAUGAGAAUACCUUCAGGUUUUGACUUUGCUAGAGACCUACUCUCUGAAGAUGAAUUUAAUGACGUACUGCAAAAACGGUAUCAUGAUCUCCACCGCCUCGCAAUUGAGUUGGCAGUCGCACCUGCCAACAAUACCCAUGAACCAUCACCAGAAGCUGAAGUUAAGCCUCAAAGUAAUGUAGAACCAACAAUUUUAGGCAUUGCCAAGGGGAUAGAACUGGUGUUACAAAGACUGAAGUUCAUAGAGCAAGAACUCAAGGACAUAAAGCAUGAGAUUCAAGGGUUAAGAUACUAUGAGCAUAUUUUGAUAUGUAAGCUGCAUCGUGAGAUUAAUAACUUGGCCAAUUUCAGUAUGCAAUUGGAAGAACAUAGAGUCCCUAUUAUGUUUUACUUUGUUCAAGGCACAGGAAGCUACUCAAGACGUCUAGUCACCAGGAUGAUUUCAAGCAUCACACCCCUUCGCCUACACAUGCUAUGUGAAAUGAGAGGAGAGAUUCAUGUAGUUGAAGAUCAAUUGGGAUGUGAGGUGAUGAAAGUCGACAACAUAGUAAUUCAACAAUUGGCUCCUUAUGUAAACAAAUUCAUGAAGUUGUUAAUGUUGGCACUAAAAGUUGGUGCUCAUUUUGCAGUUGGACUAGGAGAGUUGAUUCCAGAUUUAAGCAAGGAACUUGCUUUAGUUGAUUCAUCAAUUGUAUAUGGAGCAACAGCAAUGGUUGCUGGAGCACUUAUGAUAGGGGGAAGUAGAUCAUCUAGACAGGGCAGUUCAAGAGAUAUUCAACAAGAGUUUAGGGUAGCUCAACAAUGGCUGAAGGAUUUUCUGCAGGAACAAAAGUGUUAUAGGGGCAAAGAUAUUGCAGAGAAAUUUUCAUUAUGGCGUGUUAGGUAUCGUGAUAAUGGCCAAAUCGCUUGGAUAUGCAGGAGACAUAGAGAAUCAAGGUUAAAUGAAAUCAUAGAAGUGCCAGUGUAAGCUUAUUCCACUCGGAGAAUCAGAUGGAGAUGGUUGAAAUGGAAAUGUAUCUGUAUUUCUUUCUUUGUAAAUCAAACCUCAAAUAUCUGAUGUCCAUGAUAUGUGGUGAUCAGGCUUACCUUUAAGUUGUAACCACUGUGGUGGACUUUCACAUGUAAUUGCUAUAUAUCUCUCCCCUAUAUAUAGUGAAUGAGAUGAUGAAAAAAUAAAGGAGUAUCAAGGCCACCAUGCUGCUUAUCUCAUGGAUGUUGGUC